AUGAUCGAAGAAGCCCCUCCUCCACCAUACCCAACGUCACUCCCUGACAAGUUCCCCAUUGGAAAGCAAUACACGUCGCCUCUUGUCAACGUAGCCGAUCUUCAGGACCAUCUCCGUCUCCUUGGUGCCUUCGACUUGCUCCAGAACUUGGUUAGGAGCGCGAAUCCCAGCGAUUCAGACGAUGCUUGGAUCGUUUACCUAGCUAGGGCAGUAUACCGCUUCGAGAAGUGGAUUUUGGCGAACCCGAGUGAUAGAUCUGGACCUGAGACUCUGCCCCCUCUUGACGUGCUCAUGGUUUGGCACUCGUACUGUUUGAAUCCUCGAAAUUAUUAUGAGGAUGGCGUACGGUCGAUCCCUGCGAUACGUCACACUCCAAAAUUCCCCCUAGCUCAGGCAGCGAAUGCAAUCGAUGCUGAGACAUUGCUUCCUCUUCCUGUUCUUCCCUCUUCAGCGCGUUCAGAAUCUUGGACCCAGCUGACCAACAUGCCAUUUGACCUAGUACAUACUACUGGCAUUGAUGAAGUCGUCGCUAUCCCGUGCCCUGCGUGCCCAACAGCCAAUCUUAUGAGUGUACCUUGGGUCACCAAAGAUAAAUCUGGUUACGCCCAAGCUGAUUUCCGUACCUUGUGCCCUCAUUGCCGUAUUGCAUUCAAUCGAGAGUCUAUGUGUGUGCGCAAGUUCUGCAAUGACGUCGUAAAAGUGAGGGACGACCCGGACCACCAGUUUCUUGCGUACACUAUUCUAUUUGUUUGUCCUUCCACGAGACUAAAUGACGUUCUAUUCUUCAGGGGAACACUCCUCAGCCCUAUCACGGGGGCUAUAUCCGCCGCGGACUCCAAACGCGUCGUUCCAAGGCAGAUCGGCUCAAAGGUAAUAUGGCUGACAGGUUCCACCAGCGAAUGUACGCUGAGACAUGUCGGGUCACCUUGUAGGAUGAUGAGGGUUCUUUCUUGCUAUGAGAACCCGACACCUUUCUCGAUCGAACUUUCCGGCGCCGUCAUUCGCCAGGGCGCGUUUGUCAAGAAAAUGGUGGGCCUUGAAUGGACAAGACCUGGACAUUUCGAUGUUGGACACCAGCACCGAGCCGUUCAUGUCCUCGUGCGAAGCAUUGCGCGUUACCACGCAUUUGUUGAUCUCCUGUCGAGCGCUCUCAUGUUCUUCGUCCCUACAAUAGACAUUGACCUUACUUGGCACACUCAUCAACUCGAUUGUAGAAAAUAUCGUUCUGAUACCUUGGCGUUGCUUGGUCGAACGCCCGAUCAUGAUGAUAAGGUAGAGGAAGGCGCACUCAGUAGUGCAUAUGACAUUACGGCACGCGCAUGGGGAGCACGAUUCGGCGUCCCGUACUCUGUUUGUGGCUGUACUCCUCUCACUUCUACCAAUCGGUUGAUGAACAAAGUGUCUCGCAUACUCGGAGGAAAGAAAUCUCAGGACAAACCUAUUCAAAAUACCCGACCUGAUCUUGUGUCGACGCUCGACGACGACGCGGAUGCUACUCAUCCUUCGGAGCAUAAUUCCGUUGUCAUUCCGAAUCACGAUGCGCACCGUGCGGAAAGGGCCAGGAAACUCGGGAAACGAAUCAAGGAGCUCGAGAAGGACAAGGAGAAAGGGAGAUUAACCGAUUGGGAGAAAUUGAGGCUCGAGAGGAUGCAGAGGGAAGGACAUGACAGGGCGUUCAUCUACGGUGCUGUUCCCUAUUGGGGACUGUAA